CUCUGGCUAGCUGGGUCAGUUGUUUUGUGCCAGGCCAUCGGUCGACUACAAUGUCCACUCGACGCCGACAACGUGACAGCAUUUAUCGAUUUUUGGCACCCCCAGUGGAGAGCUAGGUGUUGUUGAGGAAAAAAGCUCCUGCCCGCAGACUACAGACCCACUGGGUCGGACAAACGGCGUUCCCAUGAGCAUGCUGGGUUUUGUCUAUCUGGUUCUAAUCCUGGGCUGGAUACUGAUCGUCCUGUUUCUCAAAUGCAAAAAGUCCUUGGCAGCUCCGUUUCGGUUUGGGGAGAACUACACCGAUGCCAUCGCAGACCGUCGCCCUUCGGUGCAUGUCAUUCAACUGCAACAUGAUGAUGUGGAACGCGAGGAUCACUACCUGGACAACUUUCACCGGAACACUGAGAACCUGCAGCGCUACUCGCACCGUUCCCAGCGCUCCACACUCGAGGAGCGGACCAUCGAGCGUACCUACCCCACGGAUGCGGUUAUCAAUCCAGCCUACAUGCACGACGAGGACUAUAUCAUUAAUGCUCCACCACCAUCGUACGAGGAGGUGAUGCGACAGCCGCAGGUCUAUCCCCAGGUGAGGCACAACAACCACAAAGCCAGCGACGUGAAUAUUUAGUUCUGAAAGUUGGAAAGGUCAUCGAACUGUAUAUAGACAUACUGUUUGUCUUGUUCAGCUGUGAUUUACAGAUACAUUUUUGGUUUCCUUUUUAUUUGACUUGCACCUAACAUAACAUAAUCAAUUCGAUUGAUUGAACUUAGGCGGCCCUCGCCGUCUGGCACAGCGAAUAAUGGUAGUUUACAUAAAAAAUGUACAAAAUGAUUUACAUAAGUAUGAUUAAAAGUUAUGAUUAAUGAUUACAAACAGUCAGUCCACGUGUGCAAUUGUUACAGAUUGUAAUUGUAAAUAAAAGUGAAUACUAAAAAAAAA